GCGUACCCCAGUCACUUUGAUUCAGCGCUUCUCUCUCAUCCAAACAAAACAAAACCUCUUUUCAUUUCCAGAAAUUUUAUUUUCCUCUCUCUCUCUCUCUGACGCUCUCGCUGAUCGGAGAGUCGAGUCUCCGGUGAGCUUCGAUCGUCGUCCGGUUCGGAAAAACACUUGAGACUUUCAGUAAUUUCCAAGCUUGGUUGGUAAGAUUGAGGCUGUAAUUCUGGGGGAAGCUUCCUGAGGACGACUUAAAGGCCCAGCCCUGAAUUCCUUUGUUAUCAAAUCCUUUUGGGUAGCUUUCAGUCCAUAUAUUAUUACACUAUCCGCUUUCAAUCCAUACCGAAGGUGUGUUUCAGACUUGGAGCAGGAGAUGGAUAUACGCUCACCUUGACUCACAUCUAAGAGGGAAGUUCGGUAAUAACAUGAUGACAAAACACCGCUUUCGGGAGUCUAUUAAGUCCUUGUUUGGAAGUCACAUCGAUGCAGAGAAGGAUGAACAGCUCAAAGGGACUAAAAUAGAUAUGGAGGACAAAGUGAACAGAAUAUUGAAGCUUCUAAAAGAUGAAGAUCUUGAAGAAAAAGAUUCCAACCCGGUGGAGAACUCCAAAAAGGAACCUCUUGCAGAGCUAAUUCAGGAUUUCCACAAACAAUACCAAUCCCUCUAUGCAGAAUAUGAUCAUCUAACAGGAGUGCUAAAGAAAAAAAUGCGUGGCAAGCAAGAUAAGGAUAACAGUUCUUCAUCGAGCUCAGAGUCUGAUUCAGAAUAUUCUUCAAAUGACAAGAAAAGUAAGAAUGGACUACUGGAAGGUGACUAUCAGAAAAUAGCUGAUGUUAAGCAAGAACUCGAAUCAGCACAUCUAGAAGUUGCUGACCUGAAGAGGAAACUGACGGCUACAAUUGAAGAAAAAGAGGCGUUAAACUUGGAAUAUGCGACAGCUUUGAGCAAGAUAGAAGAAACAGAGAAGAUUUCCAAAGAUUUGAAGACUGAAGCUGAAAGAUUAGAUGUUGAAAAACUGAAACUUUUGGCUGAGAAUAGUGAACUAGAUCAAAAACUUGAGACUGGUGGAAAGAAAGAAGCUGAACUGAGUCGAAAAGUGGAAGAUUUGGAAAGAGAGAGAGAUAAUCUGAUUAAGGAGAAAGAGACUAGUCUAAGAAGGAUUGAAGAUGGAGAAAAUAUUUCAGCAGACUUGAGAAGUUUGGUUGAUCACAUGAAAGAUGAAAAAGUAAUCCUCGAGCAACAACUAGAAUCUCUUAGAGGGGACAUCUCAAAUAUGAAGCAUGAGCUGGAAUCUUCAGAGCAGCAAGUGUCAGAUUUAAGCAAAGCUAAGGAGGAAGAAACCUUGAAAGUUUUGGAGAUCUCAAGUGAGAUUCAGCAGGCACAGAAUGUGAUACAAGAACUCACAGAUGAAGCUAGUCAGCUUAAGGAAAAACUCGAUCAGAAGGAGCAGGACCUUGAAUCUUUGCAAGGUCAGAAAAGAGAUUUGGAAGUGAAGUUUGAGAGCAAAGAAAAGCAACUGGCAGAGGAGAAUGCAGGUUUACAAGCUCAAAUUUCAGAACUCGAAUCAAUGUCUAAAGAGAGAGAAGCUGAACUUUCUGUUCUCACGAAGAAAUUUGAGGAGACCAACAAUGAACAUAGUCAGGUACGGGAGCAAUUAGGUCAGAGGGAAAUGGAGUAUUCAACUCUGUCUGAGAGGCACAAGCUGCAUGAGAACGAAACAUUGGCGCAAAUAAAGGGAUUGGAGGAAAAAGUGUCAGAGCUGAAAUCGGCCCUCGAAUCUUUGCAAGGCGAGAAAAGAAAUAUGGAAGUGAAGUUUGAAAGCAAAGAAAAGCAACUGGCAGAGGAGAAUGCAGGUUUACAAGCUCAAAUUUCAGAACUCGAAUCAAUGUCAAAAGAGAGAGAAGCUGAACUUUCUGCUCUCACGAAGAAAUUUGAGGAGACCAAUAAUGAACAUAGUCAGGUGCGGGAGCAAUUAGGUCAGAGGGAACUGGAGUAUUCAACUCUGUCUGAGAAGCAUACGCUGCAUGAGAACGAAACAUUGGCGCAAAUAAAGGGAUUGGAGGAAAAAGUGACAGAGCUGAAAUCUGACCUCAAAUUUUUGCAAGGCGAGAAAAGAGAUGUGGAAGUGAAGUUUGAGUGCAAAGAAAAGCAACUGGCAGAGGAGAAUGCAGGUUUACAAGCUCAAAUUUCCGAACUCGAAUCAAUGUCAAAAGAGAGAGAAGCUGAACUUUUUGCUCUCACAAAGAAACUUGAGGAGACCAAUAAUGAACAUAGUCAGGUACGGGAGCAAUUAGGUCAGAGGGAAAUGGAGUAUUCAACUCUGUCUGAGAAGCAUACGCUGCAUGAGAACGAAACAUUGGCGCAAAUAAAGGGAUUGGAGGAAAAAGUGUCAGAGCUGAAAUCGGCCCUCGAGUCAUUGCAAGGCGAGAAAAGAGAUAUUGAAGUGAAGUUUGAAAGCAAAGAAAAGCAACUGGCAGGGGAGAAUGCAGGCUUACAAGCUCAAAUUUCAGAACUUGAAUCAAUGUCAAAAGAGAGAGAAGCUGACCUUUCUGCUCUCACAAAGAAACUUGAGGAGACCAAUAAUGAACAUAGUCAGGUACGGAAGCAAUUAGGUCAGAGGGAAAUGGAGUAUUCAACUCUGUCUGAGAAGCAUACGCUGCAUGAGAACGAAACAUUGGCGCAAAUAAAGGGAUUGGAGGAAAAAGUGUCAGAGCUGAAAUCGGCCCUCGAGUCAUUGCAAGGCGAGAAAAGAGAUAUUGAAGUGAAGUUUGAAAGCAAAGAAAAGCAACUGGCAGAGGAGAAUGCAGGCUUACAAGCUCAAAUUUCAGAACUCGAAUCAAUGUCAAAAGAGAGAGAAGCUGAACUUUCUGCUCUCACAAAGAAACUUGAGGAGACCAAUAAUGAACAUAGUCAGGUACGGGAGCAAUUAGGUCAGAGGGAAAUGGAGUAUUCAACUCUGUCUGAGAAGCAUACGCUGCAUGAGAACGAAACAUUGGCGCAAAUAAAGGGAUUGGAGGAAAAAGUGUCAGAGCUGAAAUCGGCCCUCGAGUCAUUGCAAGGCGAGAAAAGAGAUAUUGAAGUGAAGUUUGAAAGCAAAGAAAAGCAACUGGUGGAGGAGAAUGCAGGUUUACAAGCUCAAAUUUCAGAACUCGAAUCAAUGUCAAAAGAGAGAGAAGCUGAACUUUCUGCUCUCACAAAGAAACUUGAGGAAACCAAUAAUGAACAUGGUCAGGUACGGGAGCAAUUAGGUCAGAGGGAACUGGAGUAUUCAACUCUGUCUGAGAAGCAUACGCUGCAUGAGAACGAAACAUUGGCACAAAUAAAGGGAUUGGAGGGAAAAGUGACAGAGCUGAAAUCUGACCUCGAAUUUUUGCAAGGCGAGAAAAGAGAUGUGGAAGUGAAGUUUGAGAGCAAAGAAAAGCAACUGGCAGAGGAGAAUGCAGGUUUACAAGCUCAAAUUUCAGAACUCGAAUCAAUGUCAAAAGAGAGAGAAGCUGAACUUUCUGCUCUGACAAAGAAACUUCAGGAUAGCAAUGAUGAAUCAUCGUCUACUGUAGCAGAUUUGACAGCACAGAUCAACAAUCUGCUAGCAGACUUAAGUUCUGUGCGCCGUGAGAAAGUUGAAUUGGAGGAAAAUAUGGCAUCUAAAAGUGAUGAAGCAUCAAUUCAGGUCAAGGGCUUAAUGGAACAGAUAAAUGUAUUGCAGCAGCAAUUGGAGUCCCUACACAGCCAGAAAGCUGAAUUGCAAGUGCAGCUUGAGAAUAAAACUCAAGAAAUUUCAGAGUACUUGAUCCAGGUACAAAUUCUGAAUGAAGAGAUAGCAAACAAGACGACGGAUCAUCAGAAGAUUCUGGAAGAGAAAGAGAUUUUGAUAGCAGAAAUGAAAGAUCUUAAGCUAAAAGUGGAAUCCAUGCAGAAUCAGAAGAAUGAACUUGAAGAGGAUAUCAGAACGAAAAUCCUAGAGCAUGAUCAGUUGAGAGCAGAAAUGUUGGAGCUAAAGGAUCAAUUUUCUGUAUUUGAGAAGGCAAUAGCACAAAGAGAGCUAGAAUUCUCCUCUCUCCAAGAGAAACAUGAAAGUGGACAGAACGAAGCCUCUGCUCAAGUAGUGGCCCUUGUGGCACAGGUUAACGGUCUACAAGAAGAGUUGGAGUCAUUGCAAACCCAGAACAAGCAAAUGGAGUUGCAGUUUGAGAGGGAAAAACAAGAACUUCUAGAGAGCUUGACACAGUUGCAAACUGAUAAGAUCGAGUUAACGAGCAAGAUCACUGAUCUUCAGAGACUGCUUAAUGAACAGGAGGAUUUAUACACCAAGUUAAAUGAGGAACAUAAACAGCUUGAAGGUAAGUGUCAGGACUAUGAGGUUAGCAUUGAAUCCAAAGAUCAGAUAAUAGCUGAUUUGGAACAAAUGUCUGAAGACCUGAAAAGAGACCUUGAAGAAAAAGGUGAUGAACUUGGUUCUUUGGUAGAGAAAUCUCGCAAUACUGAAGUUAAGCUCCGUCUGUCAAACCAGAAGCUCCGGGUUACAGAGCAAGUACUGGCCGAGAAGGAACACAACUUCAGAAUUGCUGAGCUGAAAUUCCAAGAAGAACAAAGAGUGCUCGAAGACAGGAUUGCUGCAUUGUCUGGUAUAAUCUCUGCAAACAAUGAAGCUUAUCAGAGAAACAUCAACUGUAUUUCAGACAAUGUGAACAGUUCUUUGACUGCACUGGAAUCUGUGAUUAAGAAAUUUGUGGAUGACUAUGCGAAGUAUGAGAAGUGUAUUGCUGAAACGUCGGAGCAGCUUCAGACUGCAAAGAAAUGGGUUGCGGAAACAAAUGAUGAGAGAGAGAAGUUGAAGAGGGAGGUGGGGGCCCUAAGCAAACAACUGCAAGAUAAAAAAGCGGAAGCAUUGGUGUUUAGAGAGAGGGUUGAGAAGUUGGAGACAGAGGCGAGCAAGGAACAAGUGGAGAAGGGGGGUCUGAUCAAAGCUGUGAAUCAGCUUGAAAAGAAGGUAGAGGAGUUGAAGCAGAUUGUGGAAGAGAAGAACAAGGGCAUAUUGGGUCUGGGAGAGGAGAAGCGGGAAGCCAUAAGGCAGCUGUGCAUAUGGAUCGAGUAUCAUCAGAGUCGCUAUGAUCAUCUCAAGGAGGUGCUUUUAAAGAUGGCUCCAAGAGGCCAGAGGAGGGUCUAGUCAGUGGUUGUUUCAUCAUUUGAUCAUAUUUUUUUCCUCAUUGCAGUAAGACCAUUUGUCUUGCCUUCGUCUUGCAUUACUUUUGUUGAUUCUUUCUUUUUUGGAGGCUAGUGUUGAUAGAACGUAAUAGGUAAAGUUUGAAUGCAUCAGUAUGCACAUGAAUUUGGUUGUAAAUUCUGCUUUUUUUUUACUUGUCCAUUAUUUCAGGCAUGUAUAAAAAUGCAGAUCAGUCCCUCUUUUGAUUCUCUGUCAGUUCCUAGUAUUGUUAAAGUACCAAGUGUACCAUA